AUGGGCAAAUUGUAUUACUUCCAGGCACCCAAUUUCGACAUAAAUCCUGACAGCGAUGUGGCUCCAAGACUUGGAAGCAUCUUUUCCAACCUUGAGAUGCUAAAAGCCCCGCUUAAUCAACAAGAAUUAAUCACUAUUCCCAAAAACCUCAUGAACCAGAGCGUUACCGCCGACUUUAACGAAAAUGACAUCCGGGGCUUCCAGACCCAAGCUGAUCUCAAUGCCAACGGGAUCCAGGGAAUUGGCUUUGGAGGAUCUACGGACCUCAUCUACGCCUUCGCUCGAGAUAAGAAAAAUGUGUACCACUGCGAGUUGCUUGAGACUCUUGAGUUCGAGCCCAAUCAAGAUUUCGUAACUGAGAGUAUUCGAGCAUCAUGGAGAGUUCAAAGCUUUCUAGAAAAUAGCCUCGUGGGUAGAAAGAGGGUAUAUAUGAUCACGGGAUUGAAGAUCGCCUCCGGGUUCUCUAAAUCUACGAACGAGAACCAUCACAGCGCUAAGCUUAGAGUUGCAGCAAAAGCAACAGUUCUAGGGGGUCUAGGGCUCAACAUAAACGCCUCUAGUGCCCGAACAGUAUCUCAAGGGCGGACUUUGAACAGGAUUGUGUUUGCGUAUAGAGCUAUCCGUAUAAAGCUGAAGCGGGAUGGUGAAGCCAGGUAUAGAUAUAGGAGCGGCGGGAAAUAUGGCAUUGAAGAUGACGAUGACGAUGACGGUGAUGGCGAUGAUGAAGACGGUUGGGACUUACAGCCUCUAGAAGAGGAAGAUAGACUAAAGGAUUUCCCAGAUUCUGUUGAAAUUGACAUAGAAGGAGCAUUGGCCGACGAAUAG